UAACUACAGUGAGUACGCAGCAAGAAAAAAAGCAAACACGUCACAACACUUUAGCCGCAGUCCCACGCGUAAAAGAGAUUAGGACAAAAUGGCCAAACAAGUGGCCGACUUCCAGGGCAGCAAGCUCCAGUUCUACCAGAAGCUGGCCCUGGCCAUCAUCCUGGGAGCCGUGCUCCUCUCCCUGCCGGCAUUAUGCGCCGGCCAGGGCAAUCCCAGUUUCAAAUACUCGCGGGAAGCCAACGAAAACUUUGAUCCGCAGAGCGCUCCGCGGGCGGAGCAUCAUCACCACCACGACCACAAUCAUGGGCAUCAUCAUCAUCACGAUCAUGAUCACGACCACGAUCAUGAUCAUCACCACGACCACGAUCAUGGACAUCAUCAUCAUCACGGGCACGGAGAAAGUCACACCAAGUCAAAGCCGGCUUUGGAUAUGAGCACAAUUUGGCUGCACUCCAUCGGCUCCACUCUGCUUAUCAGUGCCGCUCCCUUCGUGCUGCUCUACAUCAUUCCCCUCGACAACAGUGAGGCGAUGAAGCCGCGUCUCAAAGUUCUGCUGGCCUUCGCAUCCGGCGGCCUGCUGGGCGAUGCCUUCCUGCACUUGAUUCCCCAUGCCACGCAUCCGCAUAGCCAUGGAGAACACGACCACGACCAUGAUCACCAUCAUCAUCAUCACGAGGGCGAGGAGCACAACCACGAGCACGGUCACAGUCACGACAUGAGCGUUGGCCUGUGGGUCCUCGGCGGAAUCAUUGCCUUUUUGUCGGUGGAGAAGCUAGUUCGGAUUCUUAAGGGCGGUCAGGGAGGACAUGGACAUAGCCAUGGAGCCCCAAAGCCCAAACCAGUAGCUCCCAAGAAGAAGUCAUCCGACAAGGAGGACAGCGGCGAUGGAGACAAACCUGCCAAGUCAACCAAAGCCAAGUCCAAGAAACCAGAAGCCGAGCCCGAGGGCGAAGUGGAGAUUUCUGGCUACCUAAACUUGGCCGCCGACUUUGCCCACAACUUCACCGACGGUCUGGCCAUCGGUGCCUCGUACUUGGCGGGCAACAGCAUUGGCAUUGUGACCACCAUCACCAUUUUGUUGCAUGAAGUGCCCCACGAGAUUGGCGACUUUGCCAUUCUCAUCAAGUCUGGUUGCUCCCGGCGAAAGGCGAUGCUGCUGCAGCUGGUCACAGCCCUCGGUGCGCUGGCUGGCACAGCACUGGCUCUUCUGGGCGCUGGCGGCGGAGACGGAUCUGCACCAUGGGUUCUGCCCUUCACCGCUGGCGGUUUCAUCUACAUUGCAACAGUGAGCGUCCUGCCCGAGCUGCUGGAGGAGUCCACCAAGCUGAAACAGUCGCUGAAGGAAAUAUUUGCGCUUCUCACCGGCGUAGCCCUUAUGAUUGUCAUCGCCAAGUUCGAGUAG